AUAUUUGUGUAUAAAUAUCCAGUAUCAAUUGUUUACAACUUGGUAGCUGUACUCAGUAAUGUUUUGGUUGAUCCAUAGCUAAAACAUUCCCCUGUUUUCUAAAAAGUUUUUCACGUGCCAAGCCUAAUGAAGAAGUAAUUAAGUGCCGUAUGUAUGCUGGAUACUCGAAUCAUUGUUUGAAUACAUGUGGAAUCGGAUAAAAAAAUACGGCGUCAAUAAUAUUAUCUACAAUUUUCAAAACCACAAACAUAGUUUAAUAUAUAGAGAUAUUCUUCGACGGCGUGUUUCAUAAAUUGGUUUAUUAAAACUAUUAAACAUUAACGUGUGAACGACAUUAUAGUAAUAUGAAUACAAAUGAACUAUUCAAACAGUUCCAAAAUGCCAGAAAGACAUGUAUCUGGUGUUGAACGGCCGAUGACCGGAAGUGUACUACCGAAAACACAUGGAGACUCGCGCGUGUCUCAGACCGGAUUCGCCAACAUUCUUCUGGAUAACUCAAACCCUGAUAAAAUACUCACCGAUGAAGAAGAACGUAAGAGUUUAAGAGUAAGUUUUACGGAAUUACCAUCGAUGAGUUCCGACGGCGGAAAUGAAAGACCCUUUAAACGGAAGUACUUGGAGGCGCUCCAGAUUUGUAAGCCCAUCCGAUCAGCAUCAGAGGACAGACAAAUCCCAAUAAGCAACUCAGGUUGUUUUUCCUACCUAUUCCUUACAUGGUUUUCUCCACUUGUUUGGAAAAUGUUUAAACAUCGCGACGUCGAGGUGUCACAGAGCGAUGUGUGGGAGUGUUCUGAUAUGGAGGGGGUACGAGUGAACACAGAGAGAAUGAUGAUGCUAUGGUCCAAGGAGCUUCAUGAUUGUGGCCCCAAGAAGGCGUCGUUUUUGAGGGUAUGGAUCAGGUUCAUACUCACAAGAUCUGCUGUAAGCCUCAUUGUUCUGGCUGUCAAAGCUCUGGCCAUGUUCCUUUCGUCGGCGCUUCUUGUGAACAAAUUGCUUCGCUACCUGGAGUCUGCCGAAAACAACCUCUUGUACGGUCUCGGCCUGACGGCGGCCAUGUUGGCCUGUGAGGUGGUGCGCGCCAUCUCCUUUGCCAAUUUCAUGGUGUUCAGUGCUCAAACCGGUGCCCGCUUCAGAUCAGGAUUCAUGGGCAUAAUGUACGAUAAACUCAUGAAGCUGAGAGCAAUCAAUGGAAAGACAACCUCAGAGAUCCUCAAUAUGUUUAGCUUGGAUUCGUACCGAGUGUAUAACGCCACGUGGUACACGAUGUUAAUCAUUAGCUUGCCAAUCUAUCUAAUCAUCGGCACGAUCUACGCCUACACUCUGAUUGGAUACUGGUGCUUCGUUUCCAUAGGGAUCUUUAUAGGUUGCUUCACGGCACAGAUGCGACUUACCGGCUUAACGAGAACCAUGCGAAAGAAUUGCUCAAAACAUACCGACAUGAGGGUUCGACGCAUGGGCGAGAUCCUAAAAAGCAUGAAGUUCAUCAAAUUGUAUGCGUGGGAAAAACCGUUCAACGAGGCCAUCAAAAAUGUGAGGCAAUCAGAACAAAUGUACCUGCUUUAUUCCGCUUUUCUGGACGUAGUUAUCGGUUCUGUCAUAAAGGUGACACCGGUCAUAGCCACCGUUGUUUCGAUUACCGCUUUCGUCGCCGCCGGAAACGACUUAAACGCAUCUACUGCCUUCGCUAUCAUCGGAACCCUGAGCUUUGUGCGAAUAAGUAUCACGGUUGUUCCCUCCGCUUUGAGGACAUAUGGUGAAGCGACAGUCAGCUUUCGACGGAUUGAAAAAUUGUUAACGUUAGACGAGUUCGCUUCGCCUUCGCAAGACGUCUUUAAAAAGGACAACGCUGUAGAGCUUAAAGCUGCCAAUUUCAUCUGGGAAUCAUUUCUAGAUGUCAAUGAGACACAGUCAUUUGGGAGUCCAAGAAGCGAAAGUUCUAACUUAUUCCGGUUGUCAGAUAUAACACUCGAAGUGAAACAGGGGCAGCUGAUUAGCAUCUGCGGUUCUGUUGGAUCCGGGAAGUCCUCCCUGAUGUCAGCUAUCAUAGGAAGGAUGAUGUUAAUAAAAGGGCAUUUGGCAGUUAGUGGGACUGUGGCCUAUGUUUCCCAACAGGCGUGGAUAUUCAAUGCUUCGAUCAAAGAAAACAUUUUGUUUGGACAAGAAUAUAAGAAGGAAAGGUAA